ACCUUAUGCGACCAGAAUCAUAUUCUUUGCUUCAAUCUUCUAAAGAAUCACUUUAUUCCCACCAUCUACAUAAGGUAUCGACUGAAAAAUCGAUUACUUACUACAAUGUCCUAAUACCAUUCGUAGAAACGCUCAAAAAUUCCUCCAUGGUGGUUCGCAUCAUUCACCACCACCACAACCGCCAUGAACUUCCGUCGACGGCCGCCUGCUGAAAAUUGGCAGUCCGAACAGGAGGAAGACUUCUGGAUUUAUCUCCCCGACGACGUCUUCCCCGAAAUCUCACCUCUGAAUUACGGAGGAAGAGGAAGAACAAGUUUGCUUGAUCGAGAAUGGAUGAGAAGAUCCAGUUACGCCUUUCCGAGCAUUCCUCCGGCGCCGCCUCGUCCCUACCCUGUCCGACUGCUCCUCAUCGACGCAUAUCCGGGAGCGCGAAGCUCCACUCCGCCGCCACCGGCGAGCUACGAGUGGUCCAGAGACAACGAAAGCCGCCUGAGCCAGGAAGAUCAAAAGCAAGCCAUUAGCAAGCUGAGGAAACAGCUAUACAGCCCUCACAUAAGCAAUAUAAUCAGGAGACUCGGCGGCGGCGCCACCUCCUCGCAGGACGACGACGGGAAGACAUGCGCCGUCUGCCAGGACGACUUCGAGACAAAACAGUUCGUGACGGUGACGCCAUGCAACCACAUGUUCCACGAGGAGUGCAUCGUGCCGUGGGUGAAGAGCCAGGGGACAUGCCCUGUGUGUAGGUUUGCCAUCGCCGACAAUCAUCGGAGGAGCGGCACCACCACUGCCACCGCCAGGCGCAGUGGUCGGAUUCAUCAGCUUAGCUAAUCUAUUUAAAUGAUGUCAUAACAAUAAUGAAAACAUACUGAAACGUGAAUUCGACAAAACCUGGAGGUGGAAACAGACAAUUAAGUAACAGAAAUACACUGGAAUUAUGCUGC